GAAUCAUCCAAGUGUACAAUCACUGCCUUGUGGCUUGGAUUAUUUUGGUUUAGGCCUCUAACAGUAUUACUGUAGGCCUAUUGUACAAAUUUCCGAUCACCGCGAAGGUCUACUACAUGGUGCCAACUAAAAAAAGAUAGAAAGGUUUCAAUCAAUCAAGAAUGAUUUGAGUGCCGAUUGCAAGAUGAAACGUAAAGCGCAGCUAAUGCUAUUGUUCCUGAUCUUGCCUUUUAUUAAAGGUUCACUUUUUAAUUGGCGCUACAAGAAGUAUAUUAUUUCGAAGAACGUGAAAAAUAACUAUAAAGACAGCAUAUCGGGCACUGUGCAAUGUUCUGAGGGAUACAUCAACCAAACAUUAGAUCACUUUGACCCUUUGGUUAAAGGUUCACUUCAGCAAAAGUACUAUGUGGUUAACGAUUUCUGGAAGAAACCCGAUGGACCAGUGUUUCUCUUCAUUGGUGGAGAGGGUGCUCUAUCGACAUAUUUUCUGACCGACGGCCUCAUUACUGAAAUUGCAGAGACCCAUGGCGCACUGAUCCUAGGAGUUGAACACCGCUACUAUGGAGAAAGCCUGAACGUCGAUAGUCUGAAAUUGAAUAACUUACAAUACCUUUCCAGUCAACAGGCUUUGGCAGACCUUGCUGAAUUUCAUCGAGUUAUCUCGGACAAAUAUUCUCUUGGCCCUAACAAUACUUGGAUAUGUUUUGGUGGGUCCUAUGCUGGAGAUCUAUCGGCCUGGUUCAGAGUUAAGUAUCCACAUCUUGUAUAUGCUGCGGUUGCAUCGUCUGCUCCAGUGCGAGCGGUCACCAAUUUCGAGGCUUACAAUGAUGUGGUGAAGACGAGUCUUUCAGAUACAACCGUUGGUGGUUCACAGCAAUGCUUAAGUAAUAUAUCAUCAGCGUUUAAAGAAAUUCAGCUGUACCUGGAUAACAAUUCACUCGAUAAACUCCACAAAGACUUUAAGCUCUGCAGUCCACUCAAAUCUGCAAACGACUACGCAGCAUUUUUAAGCAAUCUGGCCGACCCCAUCGAAGGCGCUGUGCAGUAUAAUACCAAUGGUACGUCAAAUUCCAUCGGGUAUAUUUGUAAACUCAUCAGUGAUGCUCAAGGUUCCCCAUAUGAGAGGGCGAUUAAGCUAAAUGAUGAUUUUCUCAUGGCAACGGGCGCGGACUGUUUGGAGAGUUCUUACCUAGAUAUGGUGCAAAUGAUUAAUGACACAAACGUAAAUAAAACAGCAUCCGGAGUAGGUGAGCGGUCUUGGACCUAUCAAACGUGCACUCAAUUUGGUUUUUUUCAGACAUGCGACAACAAUACACAGUGUCCCUUUUCUUCUUACAUGGGCCUUGGUCUAUAUUUGGAUAUGUGUCGUGAUGUUUUCGGUAUUUCGCCAAAUCAAGUCAACGCAAGUGUCAACUUCACAAACCUGUAUUAUGGAUCUGACACACCGAAGGGGACACGAAUAAUUUUUAUCAAUGGAUAUUAAGCAGCAAGUGGCGAGUUGGCUCAGCGGCCAUUAAUUGUCUUCAAACCUGUUCGAUGCUGCGUACGAUUGAGAAGAGCUUGGUAUUGUUGCAGUGGCGGAUCUGGGGUAGGGGUAAAUAGGGUGGCUAGCCACCCCUAUUCAGUGACCGAGAAAAAAAUAUAUGGUUACUCGUCUGGUGUGUGUGCUUCUCAUGUAUACAUGUUACAUGUAUUAGGCUACUCUCGUAAAACAUAGGCCUACACUUUCUAUUUUAAGCUGAACUUCUUUUCAGAUGUCAUCAAAGAGCGCUAGCCGUCUACUAAAUACAAAAAAAUUCAAAUGGGAGGG